AGAGGAGGGCCCUGGAGGCCUUUGGUUUGGACUCUGAGAAAUGGGGAGUUAAUGUGCGGCCAUACUCAGGUAUGAAAUCCUAAAAAACUUGCCUCUCAAAUUUGUUAUGCUAUCUUCACACAUCUCCAUGUUUCUAUGUAAGGUUCCCCUGCUAACUUUGCGGUUUACAUGGCUGUGGUGGAACCACAUGGUAGGAUCAUGGGCCUGGACAUUGCUGAUGGGGGCCACCCAUCGCAUGGCUUCAUGACCGAUAAGAAAAUCUCAGCAACAUCCAUCUUUUUUGAAACUAUGCCAUACAAGGUGAAUCCAGAAACUGGCUACAUUGAUUAUGAUAAACUGCAAGAAAAUGCACGACUCUUCCACCCCAAACUCAUCAUUGCAGGAACAACGUGUUAUUCCCGUAACCUUGACUACGCCCGUUUGAAACAGAUUGCCAAUGAGAAUGGUGCAUAUCUGAUGGGAGACAUGGCACAUAUUGGCGGAUUAGUGGCUGCUGGAGUGGUGCCCUCACCCUUUGAGGAUUGUGACAUAGUUACAACAACAACUCACAAAAGUUUGCGAGGCUGCCGUGGAGGACUUAUCUUUUAUCGGAAAGGCAUACGGAGUGUGGACACCAAAGGAAAGCAGACUCUGUACAACUUGGAGUUUUUGAUCAACCAGGCUGUGUUUCCAGGGCUGCAGGGAGGACCACACAACAAUGCUAUUGCAGGUGUUGCUGUUGCUCUCAAACAAGCCAUGACACCAGAGUUCAAGGCUUACCAGUUGCAGGUUCUCGCUAACUGCAAAGCUCUAUCCAGCACCCUUAUAAACCUCGGUUACAAAAUUGUCACUGGUGGUUCUGACAACCAUCUAAUCCUGUUGAACUUGCGUAAUAAAGGAACUGAUGGAGGACGAGCAGAGAAGGUCCUGCAGGCCUGUGCUAUUUCUUGCAACAAGAACACAUGUCUAGGUGCAAAGAGUGCUUUGCUUCCAAAUGGUCUGAGGUUUGGUUCUCCAGCUCUGACCUCCAGAGGUUUGAAGGAGGAAGACUUCAAGAAAGUGGCACAUUUUAUUCAUAGAGGCAUUGAGCUUACUUUGGAAGUACAGGGAAGUUUGGACCCCAAGGCCACCCUGAUGGAGUUCAUCCAGGCAUUGGCUCAGGGGGUGAAGUUCCAGCAGCGAGUCGCUGAGAUCAGAGCUGAGGUGGAGGCUUUCACUGGGCAGUUCCCCAUGCCUGGCCUUCCUGAGCUAUAGAGAGUAAACACUCGGGCAUUGUUACUGCUUACUGCUCAAACCGAGAGAUUUGUUUAUGUCUUUAAAACAGGUGGUGGUCAUUUCUUCGCCAUUUUGCACCUUUGUAGUUUUGGUUGUUUGGCAAUAUGUGGGUAAGAAAUUGGGUUGGGAUGGCAGUGGGCAAAUUCAGAGACAACUAGGAGCUGGUUGUUAUGGCAUUUCACUAUUUGUUAUCUUUCUAUGCUGUUUUGUUCCUCAUUUAUUUCAUACCCGAUUUCUUUUCAGGAACAAAAAGUAACUAGGAUAGGACAUCUAGCAUGGGACAUUUUGGAACGACCAUUUGUCAAUUCAUAGCCACCAGGAUGAGGUUUUUUUUACCUCUUUGCCAAUUAUUUAAAUUACAUUUUAUAAUCUAUUCAUAGUCUACUGUAGGGAGACUGGGUAACAUGACUGCACUACAUAAUGUUUACCAGCAGGAUAUCAGUGGGAUUUGUUUUGGUUUGAUCAAGGGUCUCUGUCGUAAUUCAUAAGAGUCAACUGGCCCAAACAGGAUUCAAAGCAAUUACUGGAACGGGAUCCAAUACAAAAUCUUCUUUGCUGAUAUCUUAUUUACUUGGUAUAGUUACAAGCUUUGUUGUUGUAGCCAGGGUGUUUGUCACUGUAGCUUAACAUAAAGAAAUAACUGUAAUACUCUUGUAAAUCACUGCUGAUGUAUUGUUUUGACAUUUAUGAUGCCUUGACAAGUUGUUUCAGUGUAUAAUGCAAUGUAAGAUUCAUAAAUGACCAUUCUGAAUGUAAAAAAAAUAUAAUAGAAUUUCAUAAACCAAAA